AAAAUAUAAAAUAUAAAAAAUAUUCAUUGCACUUUCAUUUCAAUAUAAACUGACGAAGGAAAUGUAUAACAAGUUUCGUAAUUGUUUAAACCGUGAAAAGCGUAUAAAGCAACAAUAACAAUCUCAGCUUAUUUUGUUGUUGUCUUAAAAGAAAGUGAAAUUCGCUGCUGAUUUUGUUUUAAGCGAAAUGUGAGAAGAGCUAAAAGGAAACAAUCAGAAACAAUCGUUUAAUAAUAAAAAAAGAAAGCAAACCCAGCCAAUAUAAAUAAUUUAUCGCCCACCGAAUGUGGUUAACGCGUCUUCACCAUUCCAAACAAUUGGUGGUGGCAAAGAUGCUGAACGGCUUCGAGUGCAACGCAAAUAAAAAUAAAACCGUAAUCUAACCAAAAAAGGAACCAAAUGUAAUUUUAAGCAAAUAAAAAGGACUAAUAUUGAAGUCUGCAUAUAUAUAAAAAUUUAAAAAAAAUGAGUUUAUCCACGACACUUACUUUAAGUCCAGUUUCAUCUACGGAAAAUUUACAACAAACUCAAUUUUACCAAACCCCCAGUAAAAAUAGCGGUGUUUUUUAUAAUUUUACACGUGAGACAAUUGAUGAAAAAGAUAAUGAUUUCUUAUAUAAUCCCAGUACUCUCAACAAUUCAUAUAUGCUAUUACCAACAGAGGAUACACAACUGCUGGAAAAGGCUCCAAAUCCAAACACAGUUUCAAUAUCAUUGAGUAAUAAAAGUGGCAACUACAGCAGCACAUUAAAAACUAAAUCUACGAUAAUUAAACAAGAUAGCUCUAAUGGACGCAUCGCCACCAGCCUAACAGAUAGUGAUAGCGAUAGUAGCAUUGUAUCGGGUAGAGUCUGUUGUCCAACAUCAGUUGUGGAUGCAGAAGAGGAACAAGAGGCGUUUCUAAUAGAUGGACCAAGUCCCUCAACUAACACACCCACUCGUCGCAGUUUAAGUAAAAAGCGAAAUACGAGCUGUUACCGAAUGAAUGCGUUCCUCUGUCGUACUUGGUACUUAAAUUAUAUCGUACCGCUCUCGAUAUUAUUGGCACUUAUGUUUGUUGCCUAUUUAACACGCGACUAUGCGAAACGGUUGCUUUAUUGGAUCGAAACUCAAAACCCGUGGGUGAUAUUCGCGUUAUUUAUAGUGUUAUUUAUUGUUGUAAGUUUUCCAAUUGUCGUCGGUUAUUUCGUUUUAAUGAUAACGGCGGGAUAUUUAUUCGGAUUUCUUAAGGGAUUUCUAACUGUGAUACUGGGUGCAAAUUUGGGCAUUGCAAUUGCGCACUUAACCAUUCGAAGUUUUAGGCAUCGGAUACCAAUGCAUAAACUGAUCAAAAACGAGACUGGCCGUGCAAUACUGCGCGUUAUAUCUGGACCAAGAGCGUUCAAAGUUGUGUUAUUUACGCGUCUUACGCCAAUUCCAUUCGGAAUACAAAAUGCGAUAUUUGGAGUCAGCUCAAUUCAACCUCGCAUCUACCAUUCAGCGACGUUUCUGGGUCUACUACCGGCGCAGACAAUAAACGUUUACUUGGGUUCAACGUUGAGGUCAAUGCAUGAAGUUCUGAACAAUCACGGCACAGCGUUGACAGGCUACAUAAGCUUUGGCAUUGAGGUCAUUUGCGGUGUGGCUCUUAUGUUUUGGGUAGUGCAAAAAGCUCGCAAAGAAUUAUCCGAAACACUCCUAUCGGAUAUAAGCACCGAAGGCAAACUUAUCGAUAUACAAGUGUAACGACGAGGGAGUUGCGCUGCGAAUAAUUAACUCAAUUAAUUUAUCUUAAAUAAAAUGAAAUUUAUAUUAAGUAUAAUAUCUUGUAAAAAAUUUAAAAUGAAACUUCCACUAAGCGAUACCAUUCAACAAACCAACAUGUUAUCCAAAUGAAACUCAGAACACCUUAAAUUAAAUUAUAUUUAUUGUAUAAAGUGUUUUUAAAUUUACUCUAAGUUAACAUAUUUUAAAUAUUGUUGUUUUAUAUAUUUGAAGUAGUAUUAAUUAUUUUAUAUUCUAUAUUGUUUUUAUGGUUAA